CGCAGACGGGUCUGACUUCCGUUUACACCACCCGGGUCUGGCGCGAAGGCGGUGUCCCGGCGCGCGCUAGGACUUCUUUGACUGGCGCGGCGCGGGUCGGAGCCACGCCCUCCGGCGUGCGUGGGAAGUCGGGCGCUGAAGAUUGCGCGGGAGGACUAUGCUAAUGUUGGUCCCUCUGAAGUCACUUGCAGAAACUCAGCCCUACUGGUCAUACCUCAGUGCCACAGCCAGCCAAGAGCAAAGCCAUGAGCAUCUGGAGAGCCAUCAUGAAGAAGCCACAAACCGCUGUGAGGAGUUGUCGCAGAAAGCAGGCAUCCAGCCAGGAGGGAAGGGAGAAGCAGGUCCUUAGCAGCAGCCAGGUCAAGCCUUCUACCCGUGAUGGCUUGGCCAGACGACACAAGGAGGUGGUAUUGCAGGCCUCUGUCUCCCCAUACCACCUAUUCAGAGACAUAGCUGAGGUCACAGUCUUUCGGGAGAACCUUCUGAGCUGGUACGACCGAGAAAAACGGGACCUGCCCUGGAGAAGGCGGGCAGAGGGUGAAGUGGACCCGGACAGGCGGGCAUACGCUGUGUGGGUCUCAGAGGUCAUGCUGCAGCAGACCCAGGUUGCCACGGUGAUCGACUAUUAUACCCGAUGGAUGCAGAAGUGGCCAACGCUGCAGGACCUGGCUAGUGCGUCCCUGGAGGAGGUAAACCAGCUCUGGGCUGGCCUGGGCUACUACUCUCGAGGCCGGCGGCUGCAGGAGGGAGCCCAGAAGGUGGUAAAGGAGCUAGGGGGCCAUGUGCCACAUACAGCAGAGACUCUGCAGAAGCUUCUGCCUGGCGUGGGGCGGUACACAGCUGGGGCCAUUGCCUCCAUUGCCUUUGGCCAGGCAACCGGUGUGGUAGAUGGGAAUGUAGUACGGGUGCUGUGUCGUGUCCGAGCCAUUGGUGCUGAUCCUGGAAGCACCUUUGUCUCCCAGCAGCUCUGGAGCUUAGCCCAGCAGCUGGUAGACCCAGCCCGGCCAGGGGAUUUUAACCAAGCAGCCAUGGAGCUGGGGGCCACAGUGUGUACCCCACAGCACCCACGGUGCAGCCAGUGCCCUGUCCAGAGCAUGUGCCGGGCACACCAGAGGGUGGAGCGGGAACAACUCUUAGCCUCACAGAGCCUGCCAUGCAGUCCUGAUGUGGAGGAGUGUGCUCCCAGCACUGAACAGUGCCAGCUGUGCUCACCUCCCACGGAGCCCUGGGACCAGACCCUGGGAGUCACCAACUUUCCCAGAAAGGCCAGUCGGAGGCCCCCCAGGGAGGAGUGCUCUGCCAUCUGUGUUCUGGAGCAGCCCAGGGCCCUUGGGGGUGCUCGAAUUCUGCUGGUGCAGAGGCCUAAGUCAGGUCUGCUGGCUGGAUUGUGGGAGUUUCCGUCUGUGGCUGCAGAGCCCUCAGGGCAAUGUCAACGCGAGGCCCUGCUGCAGGAACUGCAGAGUUGGGCCGGGCCCCUCCCAGCCACCCACCUCCAGCACGUUGGGCAGGUAGUCCACACCUUCUCUCACAUCAAGCUGACAUAUCAAGUAUACGGUUUGGCCCUGGAAGGGCAGACCCCGGUGACCAUCACACCACCUGGCGCCCGCUGGCUGACCCGGGAGGAGUUUCACACGGCAGCUGUCUCCACCGCCAUGAAAAAGGUGUUCCGUGUUUAUGAGGGCCAACAGCCAGGGACCGGCAAGGCUUCACCAUAGGGAGAGGAACAGUUCUUAUCUUGAGACCUUACAGUCUGGGGUCCAGGGUGGAGACGGAAUAAGAACAAAUGUUGGAGACAAUAGGGUCACAGGUGUGUGAAAUGCUUGUACCGGACUUUGUGGUUUAUAAGGUGGAGAGCUUUCGGUUCCAGCUGGGAGGCAAGAAUCCGGAAAAGCUGCUUAGAAGAUGCAGCUGGUAAUUUGGAUUCAAAAAAUGAACCAUUUUCUCCAGGUCUGGGAGGGGAAUCAGCAGUAAGAAUGUACUUUCCAGGCUCAAGAGUAGCGUGAGCAAAGGUGCCACAGUGCAGUUUGCAGCGCGCAAGGAGCUGUAAGCAUAGCAGGCCCUGUGCAGGCCAGUCAGGGCCAUGAACACCAGGCCACUGAGGCAUUUUUGGUGGAGAGAGGAGUGAGGUGUGUAUCUUAGAAAAAGAUUACCUUGGGCUGCCAUGUAGAGUUGACAGCAGAGUUUGGAAGCUUUACAGAAUUCAGGUUAGAAUCUGAGCUCUAUCACUGCAGCGGUGAGAGGGGUGGAAGGAGGACUCUGCUGCCCCCUUAGUGCCUUCUUCCUUUGGCUU